AUGGAAAGAGGAAAAGAAAAUGAAGGACAAACAAAAGGGGAAGAUAACAAAUCAUUGGUGUCAUCCCGCGUUGUACUUGGCGAGGACAUUGUCAAUCUUCUAGAUUUCAUAGAGAGGUUAAAUAGUGGGCGUGUUCGAACUUUUCUUGACAUGGAUCAAAUUGAAAAGUUGACAUUGAGGCUGACGUUUUUGUCCGCAUUUUGUCAUCUUUAUUACACUUUCUUUUUGGAAAGCUGUAAUGACGAAAUGUCAAAUGAGAUUCAUGAUUUGGUUCAGUCACUGUUUCAUCCAAGUGGAGUAGGCAUUCUGGUUACUAAAGAGUUUUAUGACCUCUUGGAGAAUAUCAGAAGUUAUAUUAGCUCACAUAUAUAUGCUGAACCAAGUCGUGUAACAACCAUGACCGCGGAUCGUUUCGUUGAACUUUUAGAUGCCAUCCUCAUGUAUCUCCAACGUCUACUCAAGUGUUGUUCUGAAUCAAUUUUCCCAUCAAUGACUCAAUAUGAGCUUCUUCAGAAUGUAAUUGGCAAUUUAAGAGAUUUCCAUAGGUUGAAAGUAAAUGGUUGUGUUGAGUAUGAAACAAUCGAAUAUGUCUUACCUCAUCUUCAACUUAUGGCUCUGAGAGUAGUAAACUUCUGUUGUUUUACUCUUUGGGAUUAUCGAGUGGACACAUUCUAUGGAUUAGAUGACUCCCUAGUUGACUCCAAGCUAGCUAAUCUACUUGUGGAGGUUAUUCCUGUUGAACUGGAGGUUAUGCACAUAUGUUGUACAAAUUUGAAAGGUUCAAAGUUGGAAGAAGUUGGACUUUUCAUCAAGCAGCUCGUAGAAGCCUCUCCGGACAUUCUUAGAGAAUCUCUGAUUCAUAUACAACAACACAUGGUUAAUGCUCUUACUCCUAGCGCUUCUACGUAUACCAUUCAUGUCAUGAUAGAGUUCCUAUUGAUUAUUCUUACUGAUGUGCUCAAGGACGUUAUUCGUCAUGACAAAUUGUUUGUUCUCUUGGCACGUGUUAUAGAACUUACCAAGGAGGUAUUCGUUCUUGUUCGCAACUUAGAAGAGAAUAUGAAUGAAACAAGUGAUGCAAAUCAAAACUUGCUGGAAAGUAUUGAAUUCCUCAAGGAAGAUCUCAAGUAUAGUUUCUUAAAAGCCCGUGCAGACUCGUCUCAGCUCUGCUUCCCCAUGAGUGAUGGACCGCUCUUCAUGACUCUUCUACUCACAAACUUAAAUAACUUGGUCAAUUCCAAUGCUUAUUCAGUUUCUUUGAUAAAAGAAGAAAUCGGGCUGCUAAAGGAAGACCUGGAAAUCAUAAGAUCGUUCUUUGGGUAUGUUGAGCAAGAGCUGCAUAGAGAUCUUUGGACUCGUUUUCUAGAUGUGGCAUAUGAGGCGCAACAUGGCAUUAACUCAAUUCUUGCCCGAGAUCAUGGUCUAUUGCAGCUUAUCUUCAUACUUCCUGAUACCAUAGAAAAGAUCAUGCUUGUCAAAAGAGAGGUACAAGAGAAGAUCCUCAAGAGCAGCGGUAUUAUUGUUGCAAACGUUCCCAACAAGCUGGUUGAAAGAAACUCAUCGAGUACAGUUGGUAAAAUAAUUGUAGGUUUUGAGGAGGAGACAGAGUGGAUAAUUAGGAAGCUCACCAGUGGACCAGCUGAGAUAGAUGUCAUUUCCAUAGUCGGCAUGCCAGGGAUUGGAAAAACUACUAUGGCUUACAGAGUGUAUAAUGAUAAGUCCAUUGUUGAUCAUUUCGAUGUUUGUGCUUGGUGCACAGUCGACCAGGAACGUAAUGAGAAAAAGUUGUUGCAGAAAAUUUUCAAUCAAGUCAUUGGUUUGAAAGAAAGAUUCAGUGAGGAUGACAUAGAUGAUGACGUUGCUGAUAAUCUGCGGAAAAAUCUAUGUGGAAAGCGGUACCUUAUUGUCUUGGAUGACUUGUGGGAUACUGCAACAUUGGAAGAGCUAACAAGACCUUUUCCUGAAUUUCGGAAAGGAAGCAGAGUGAUUUUAACAAGUCGGAAAAAGGAAGUUGCUUUGCAUGGAAAAUACCACAGUGAUCCUCUUUAUCUUCAAUUGCUAAAAUCAGAAGAAAGUUGGGAGUUAUUAGAGAAAAAGGUAUUCGGAGAAGAACGUUGCCCUGAUGAACUAAAGGAUGUCGGAAAAAUGAUAGCCCGAAAAUGUGAUGGGCUUCCUUUGGUACUUGAUCUAAUCGGUGGAGUCAUUUCAAGGAAGGAAAAAAAAGAGGCUUUGUGGCUUGAAGUUCUCAAUAAUUUGAGUUCCUUUAUUUUUAAGGAUGAAGAGGAAGUGGUGAAGUUUAUACAAUUAAGUUAUGACCAUUUGGCAGAUCACGUAAAGCCGUGUUUUAUUUGCCUUGCACGUUAUCCAAAGGGCGAAGAUAUAAUGAUCUCCGAGUUGAAAGAUUUGUGGAUUUCUCAUGGAUUUGUGCAGCAGAUUGAGAUGAGAAGUGCAGAAGAAGUAGUGGAUGAGUUAAUUUCAAGUAGCUUGGUAAUACCUUUCGAUAAUUCUAUUUGCAAAAUUCAGGAUCUUGUGCAUGACUUUUGUUAUAUAAAAUAUAGAAAGGAAAAGUUGUUUGACUUCAUAGGAGGUUCAAACGAUUGGUCUUCUUCUGGUAUGAUGGCACGAGGAAUUACCAUUCGUUAUGAUCAACGUCUCUUUGAUUUGGAUGAAGAUAACAAAUCAUUGGUGUCAUCCCGCGUUGUACUUCGCGAGGACAUCGACAAUCUUCUAGAUUUCAUAGAGAGGUUAAAUAGUGGGCGUGUUCGAACUUCUCUUGACAUUGAAGAGUUGACAUUGAAGCUGACGUUUGUGUCCGCAGUUUGUGGUCUUUAUUACUCUUUAUUUUUGGAAAGUUGUAAUGACGAAAUGUCUUGCAUAUCCAAUGAGAUUCAUGAUUUGGUUCAGUCACUGUUUCAUCCAAGUGGAGUAGACAUGCUGGUUAAUAUAAAGUUUUUUCACCUCUUGGAGAAUAUCAGAAGAUAUAUUAGCUCACAUAGCUAUGUUGAACCAAGCCGUGUAACAACCAUGACCGAGGAUCGUUUUGUUGAACUUUUAGAUGCUAUCCACAUGUAUCUCCCAAGUCUACUUAAGUUUUGUUCUGAAUCUAUUUUCCCAUCAAUGACUCAACAUGAGCUUCUUCAGAAUGUAUUUGGCAAUUUAAGAGAUUUCCAUAGGUUGAAAGUAAAUAGUUGCGUUGAGUAUGAAAUAAUCGAAUAUGUCUUACCUCAUCUUCAACUUAUGGCUCUGAGAGUAGUAAACUUCUGCUGUUCGACUAUUGUGGAUUUAUCAGCUCAUAUUCACUCCAAGCUAGAUAAUCUACUUGUGGAGGUUAUUCCUGUUGAACUGGAGGUUAUGCACAUAUGUUGUACAAAUUUGAAAGGUUCAAAGUCGGAAGAAGUUGAACGUUUCAUCAAGCAGCUCCUAGAAGCCUCUCCGGACAUUCUUAGAGAAUCUCUGAUUCAUCUACAAGAGCACAUGGUUAAUGCUGGUACUCCUAGAGCUUCUACGUGUAACAUUCAUGUCAUGAUAGAGUUCCUAUUGAUUAUUCUCAAUGAUGUGCUCAAGGACGUUAUUCGUCAUGACAAAUUGUUUGUUCUCUUGGCACGUGUUAUAGAACUUACCAAGGAGGUAUUCGUUCUUGUUCACAACUUAGAAGAGAAUAUGAAUGAAGCAAGUGAUGCAAAUCUAAACUUGCUGGAAAAUAUUGAACUCCUGAAGACAGUUUUUGGAGAUAUUGCGUCAUUAGAGCUUAUCACUGCAUAG